AUGGCACCGGGUCUGGACAGACGAGCACCGGCUUUGUUCUUGUUAUGGGGCUACUGCGUCCUCGCGGACACCGUCGUCGCCAACUUCACCGUGGACAACGAGGUCCACUCGAGUUUCAUCCACCGUCGCCUGAAGAGUCAGGAGCGCAGGGAGAUGCAGCGCGAGAUCCUGUCGAUCCUCGGGCUGCCGCACCGGCCGCGGCCGCAUCUCCACGGGAAGCACAACGCCGCGCCAAUGUUCAUGUUGGACCUGUACAAUGCAAUGUCCACGGAGGGGGAGGAGGACAGAUAUUCCUACCCCUACAAGCCCGUCUUCACCACUCAGGGCCCCCCAAUAGCCAGCCUGCAAGACAACAACUUCUUGAACGAUGCAGACAUGGUUAUGAGCUUUGUCAAUUUAGUGGAACAUGAUAGGGAGUUCUUACCGGUGCGGAGGCAUCAUCGAGACUUCCGGUUCGACCUCUCGCGGAUCCCCGAGGGCGAGGCGGUGACAGCCGCUGAGUUUCGCAUCUACAAAGACUUCAUCCACGAGCGCUUUGACAACGAGACCUUCCGCAUCAGCGUCUACCAGGUGUUGGAGGAGCACUCCGAUCGAGAGUCGGACCUCUUCCUGUUGGACUCGCGAGUGAUCUGGGCGGCCGAGGAGGGCUGGCUGGUGUUUGACGUGACAGCCACCAGCAACCACUGGGUCCUGAACCCCGGCAGGAACCUGGGCCUGCAGCUGGCCCUGGAGACCACAAAUGGAGAGAGCAUCAACCCACGAAUGGCGGGGCUCAUCGGCCGUAGUGGGCCCCAGAAUAAACAGCCCUUCAUGGUGGCCUUCUUCAAAGCCACCGAGGUGCACCUGCGCAGCAUACGCUCAGCGCCAGGGGGCGCCAAAUCGCGCAACCCUAACCGCUCCAAGGGGGCCAAGAACCAGGAGGCACUCCGCGUGGCCAACGUUGCAGAAAACAGCAGUGCUGAUCAGAAGCAGGCGUGUAAAAAACAUGAGCUCUUUGUCAGUUUCAGAGACCUGGGGUGGCAGGACUGGAUCAUCGCUCCGGAGGGUUAUGCAGCGUACUAUUGUGAGGGAGAGUGCGCCUUCCCGCUGAACUCGUACAUGAACGCCACAAACCACGCCAUAGUCCAAACACUUGUUCAUUUCAUUAACCCAGAGACGGUCCCCAAGCCCUGCUGUGCUCCCACACAGCUCCACGCCAUCUCGGUGCUCUACUUUGACGACAGCUCCAACGUCAUACUGAAGAAAUACCGCAACAUGGUGGUCCGAGCCUGUGGAUGCCACUAGACUGUCAGUCACUUCACACACACACACACAUGCACACAUACACACAUACAUGCAAACACGCACACACGCACAUGCACACACAUAAAUCUGCACAAACUCGCCCACAAACACAUAUGAAGAGAGAGAUACUCUCUGUUCGGCAUUAAUUGGGGGCAGGACAGUUCACAUGCUGAGAAUGGAGGAACGAAACACACACACACACACACGUACACACACACACACACACAUGCAAUGUAAGUACUGUCAGUGGAAAUAUAAAAGCCCAUCCACUCGGUGAAUAAGGCAGAAGAAAUUGGCAGCUGGAUAGGAAAUUCUGACAAUCAACUUUUGUCAAUCAACAAAUUCCUGUUUUAAAACACACACGCUAGCACACACACACGUACACGCACACACACACACUAGCACGCGCACACACACAUCCUGUGCUUUCUACUGUGUAUAUGAGACAUACUAUAAAGCAGUGAUUGUAAACUGAUACACAGUCAACAAUCUUUUGUUCAGUUUCUUUUUUUUUAUCGUAGCUUUUGUAAUUUUUGUUACCGUAGGUGCU